AUGAUAAACGGGUGUCCCAAGUUCUCCAUUGAUAUUGACUUGGAUGGUGACGACGUGGUUUUAGAUAUUGUUCAAUUUCGUCUGAUAUUUGCAUUAGUAACAAAGAAAGGAGUAUACAUUUAUAACCUGUAUAAUCUAUUACCAUUAACGUACCAUGUCCGAAAUCAAGCAUCGAUUGAAAACAACGGUGUUAAUAUAAAAGCAAUAAAGAAACUCAUCAAUGAGAGUUCAUUAAAGAGACAAACUGUAUUGAACUUGUAUGUGCUAACAGACUUGAGCUUCCUCCUAAUAUAUCAAAUUAAAAUUGAUUAUUCAAGUUCGGUGUUUACGGUGUAUAAUAGUAAUGAGGAAUUGAUACAGCUGGGUUUCCCAUUGAGUGAAGCUGCACUGAAGAUUUCAAUUACAAACUUUAUUCGGUCUGCAACAAAGGCAAUUAUCCACGGCAAUGAAGAAACAGUGCCAAAUUUGGAAAACGUGGAGAGCUUUCAAAACAAUGCGAUUAGUGACGAAGUAGAAAGUUAUGAAGUUGAAGCUGUAAAAUUGUCAGUUUACAAGAUAUUGAAAAUUGGAGUUGCGACUCGAAAAGAAGUCUGGCUACAACCAGACUCUCAUAAUCUAUUCGUUUUCAACUUUGCCAAUGAUUCAAACGAAGAAAUUAAAACAGACUAUUUGCAAGUGGUGGAUCUUUCCAAUUUUGAAAGCAAGUUGAUUGACUUGACAAAGUUUGACUGGUUCAAGUAUCGUGUCAGAUACAUUGCAUAUAAUGAGUAUUUCAAUUACUUCAUCAUCGAAAAUGAGGAGCAGGAAAUAUGGCUUUUGAAGAUUGUUGAUGGUGAUCAAAUUAGGGGAUAUUUGAUAGCACGUGAGUAUCUGUUUGAAUGGAUAAAAUUCAAUCCAAGGGCUAACUUUUGUCUUGCAAAAUGUGGAAACACGCUUAGAUUGUUAGCUUUGGAAACAAUGACCAUGAGCCUUUUGAAAACAAUAUCGAUCUCAACUACAACUACAAAUACAAAUACAAAUACAAAUGUAGUUAUUAGGUGGUCAAUAUGUGGCGAUUUUUUUAUAUUCUUGGAAGAAACGGGUAAUUGGAAGGUUGUUAGCAAAUUUGGAAACACUCUUUUCGAUACGCGAGAAGUGUCAAAUGAAUUAGAAGACUCCUUAAAUGAUGAUGAUAAUGAAAAUAAAAAGUUUUUGAAAGCAAGUUUGAUUCACAUCUCAGAGGACCUGAACAUGCUCUAUGUGGUUUCCCAGGAUGGUAGGAAACUAUACUUUGUUGCUCUCUCCAAUAUCAACAAUGGAAUUAUCUAUGAUCAAGCAUAUUUGACACUAAUUCAAGAUUAUCGGAACUUUAUCAGGUUCCCUAUUCCUACAAGACUCAAGAAACUUAUACGGCAACGCGACAACUACAUCUCCAAUAGUCCCCUAACUACAAACAAUGCACAAUUGACACUUUCCAAAAGCAAAAUAAGCCAAUUGGCUACAUCUUACGGGGACUCUUUAGCGGUAUCUACUCCGUUUGAGACUGGCGGAUUGAUUAAUCAUAUACUCUGGUUCAACUUUAAAACUCAUUUUGUUGAGCUGAUGAAUAUUGUAAAUCAUUUUUGGUUUCAAGAUUAUUUAAUCAUAGUUAAUCGAAAAGACAAACAUACUUUGGGUGAUGAUAAUUAUGAUGACGAUGAUGACGAUGAUAUUGAUAAUCAUCAUCAUCAUCAUCAUUAUGAUGACAAUAACAAAGACAAUGUAGCUGGAGAGGGAGAGAAACAUUUAAUUGAUGAGUUGAUAGUCUUGGAUACAUCUCGUACCAAGAAUGGGAUGGGUGGGGAAGAUUUGGUGUUUAGCAGCGAAUUACUAUUAUGGAAGUACGAUUUUAAAAGCACUUUUAUCGAUAUUCAGCUAGUUGAAGAAGAUGACACUUCUUCACAAGUUGUUAUUUUAACUAGCGACCAUAAGAUAAUAGUUUUGGAAUUACUGACGAACAAAACGGUGGAAUUGAAUUCUGAAACAAAGCAUUACAAGAUAUUCAUCACCGUUAGUAGAACGAUCCAUCUUGCAUCGCUUCGACACAAACUAGAUUUAAACAAUGUAGUGCAAAGCAGCAUGAUACAAAAGAGACAUUUUAUAUUUCUUUUACGGUCGGGGGAUUUGUAUUUGCUCAAAAACCUGAGUCGAUCAACAUCAACGUCAUCACUUAGUGAGAAAUCUAGCAAUGGAACAAAAUCGGCUAAUAAUAUGUACGAUUUGAUAAGGAUUAGUUCAACAAUUGAGUUUUUCAAGUUUGCAACUAUUGUUUUCCAAGAAGCAACGAAAUUUGUGUACAUGUUUAAUGGACAGCAUGUUUUAAUUUACGAACUCGAGGAAAUGGUUGACAAGGCAUCUAAUAAGCACCACCACUUCAAGCUGGAGGAGCUAAUAGAAGAAGAAACUACGUUGACCCCAAUUGUUAUUGAAAGCGAAAAUAUACAACCAGUGUCAAUUGAAGCGUCUCUAACAAAAUCAAUAAAUUUAAUAGGAUUGGAAAACACGACAAUCAACACUCACAAUCCCAAUGGGAGUUUCAUAGUGAAACAGCAAGUGGUGCAUAAGCUCAUUCUUAACAAUUUCAUUGAGUUUGAUUUGUUGCACAAGGGGGAUUUGCAGAGCACCUAUAACAAAUAUAAGUUAUUUAAAAACUUCCAAUUCUGUAUGGAACUACUUUUAUUUAAACAUUUAACUGACGAAGAGCCAUCUUUAGCCUUGAAAAGAUUAUGUCAAUUAAUUGAAUUCACCGAUAAUGCAGAAUCCAUAUACAUCAAUUGUUUGCGCAAGAUUGAAGCUGGAUAUUGGGAGAAAUUUUUUACCGUGAUAAACACCACUCCCGAGAAGUUUAUGAACCGAUUGAUUAAACUUGAUGAUGUUGCUUUAUGCUACAACUACUUGAUAGUUUACUUAAACUACAAGAGAGACGGGGAUCCAGACGGGGAUCCAGACGGAGAUCCGGAUGGAGAUCCGGACGGAGAGCUGGUGGAAGAGACCACCACCACCACAACAACAAGUGCACAAUUAAACCAGUUUGAUAAACGUAUUAUUCUUAAAAUAGUGAAAAUGCUUGAAAAGGCAGGCAAAUGGGAUUGGUGCUUUGAACUUUCUAGGUUUAUAAAGGUCUUAGAACCAUCUGGCGAGUUCCUAAAACAAGUAAGAGCCGAAAUUAACGUCUAUAUAUUAGCUUACACUGCGUCCCGCCUACCCCCCACCUACUUUUGGAUAAUGACAUUAGCUACAAAGUUUGCCGAAACUACGCGCCGUUCUGCAACGGCACCUGAAUUGAGACUCCGAGUUUUACAAUUGUAUCGCAGAUUUAUAAGAAACUCUAAAGAGUUUGCUGAUUUGUAUGAGUUGGAUAUGCCUGUUUCCAGUAUUAAGACAAAGAUAAGACAAGAGUUUGAAAGGCAAAGGUUUAUGAAUGAUUUAGAAGUGAACAAUAUCCUAUACAUGAAGGGACAAAUGGAGUUUCAAGAGUUGGUAAAUUUCUGGAAACAACAAUGCCAUGUAAUGAGGUAUUUCAACGAUCAAAACGCAUAUAACACAGUAGAUAAACACGAUUUUGUAAAGAAUUUUUUGAGGGGGAAUUAA